CCCUCCGCCGGCACCGCGGCUCGGCUCCAUGCCGCGGCGGCCGGCAUGCCCCGCCUGCUGCCGGCCCUGCUCGCCCUGCUCUGCUUCGGGCCGCCGCCGCCCGCCCCGAGGGCUCCGCUCACCGAGGCCGCGGCGGAGCCGGAGCCGGAGCCGGACGAGCCGUGGUGCCCCUACAAGGUGCGGCCCGAGGGCUCGGCGAGCGGCCGGCUGUGCUUCCGCAGACCGGCCCUGGGCUUCCAGUGCGCGGCGCGGUCCUGCCGCGCCCACCGCUCCCCGGGCGGCGCGCUGGUGGCCAACGUGCUGCGCAACGGCAGCGUGCUGCUGCAGUGGGCGCCGCCGCGCCCCGGCGCCGGCCUGCGCGGCUUCGCGCUCAACUGCUCCUGGGACGGCACCUACACGCGCUUCCCCUGCGACAGCGUGGAGCUGGGCGCCGCCUGCCGCGACUACCUGCUGCCCGAGGCGCACGGCAGCGUGCGAUACCGCCUCUGUCUGCAGCCCCGCUACGCGCCGCCGCGCCCCGCGCCGCCCGCCCACUGCGUGGAGUUCCGCGUGGAGCCGGCCGCCAUGCGGGACAUCGUCGUGGCCAUGACGGCCGUGGGGGGCUCCAUCUGCGUCAUGCUGGUCUUCAUCUGCCUGCUGGUGGCCUACAUCACCGAGAACCUGAUGAGCCCCGCCGCGCCGCGCCGCGCCUAGCGCUGCUCUGCUCCGCUCUGCUCCGCUCCGCCCGGCGCCGCUGUGCCCCGCCGUGCGGGCGCUGCUCCGGGGCCGGGGGCGAUGCGCGGGGCCGGCCGGGUUCGCUCGGGGCGCCGUCGGGAGCUUCGCUUGGUUUGGGUUCGUCUUUGCCAGACUUCCAGGAGUUGGGGGUCGUUCUGUAGAUCUGGAGCUCUUUUCCCGCGGGGCGGCUGUUCAGCUCGAGCCAUACUCCGUUUCUGAACUCGUGGGAUCUCAGUGGAUUAAAAACGAAGCGUGGCAAAAAUCCACAAGUGCCAGGAAAUUUUCCGUUUUAGAAGCAAGCGACAGACCCCGCCGAGGGGCUGUUCGGGAGGAACGCUUAAGGACGGGCUUACUUUAAGCUUGUGCUUAAGUCUCGUUGCUGGGGAUGAGUUGGACUCGAUCCUUAUGGAUCCCAUCCAGCUCGGGAUGCUCUGUGGUUCCGUGCUUCUAAAUGCGUGCAUGGUUUUGUUGUUUGGUUGGUUUUUUUUUUCCCCCAAAAUGGGGGGAAUGCCAUUGAAACCUGCGAGGGCAACCGCAGAGCGACCGCCAGCCCCGCAGCUGUGCGACCCAAAGGCACUGAAAUCCAACGUGGGUGUCGUUGUGCUCCCCGAGCAGCAGGGCUGUGGCACAGGGUGCCCCCAGCAGCAUCCCGCUGCUCCUAACUAUGAGUGAAUACACAGUUGAUAGGAAAAUUCCACCUCAUUGCAAAUACGAACCGAUCUCGAGUCGCUGCUCCCUGAAAUCCCCCCACCUCUGUUUCUUUUAGGAAUGCUGUGUGGAGCUGCACUAAGAAGCAGCCUGACCGUGUCCGGAACGGCAGCAAUGGAAGGACGGUGUCUGUCAUUGUCAUUGGAGGACAGUGUCACAUUUUCUUUUUGUCCCCAAGGAAACUGACUGCUCGAAGACGAGGCAAUCGCAUUUUAAGAACAUUAAGACUGAUUGUGUCUAGUGGUUUAGCUCAGUGAAUUUAAACACAGAGUGAAUUUGGCUCCAAGGUCUCAGGUCAGUCUAUUCUGUAGCCAGUUCUGCACAGGACUGCCAGAGCGGCACUGAUUUUGUACAUCACUGUCAGCCAGCCUGACCGUUUUGGUCUUCAUUUGUUGUGAACUGCCAGAUGUGAACAUUAACGGUAUAACUGAUGGGCUUUGUACCACGUUGGCAUUGACCUUAAUAAAUUAAGAGAAUAAUGAAACGAAAACAUC